AUGGCACCUGAUAAAAGUGUAAAAGCAUUCAACGAAGGUCGAGGCCACGCCAUAGAGAGGGAAAACUACCUUGCCGAUUUGUAUAACCCGGACAGAAAGUUAAUUGGUCAAGCAAGGAGUGCAACAAACAAAGAAGAUGAUGGUGAGGAGGAGGAAGAAGAUGAAGAGGUUGAUGAAUCAUCAUCAGCAGCCGCAGAAACAUGGAGUGGACAUGGCAACGGCUACAACUCUCCAAGACCAGCGUAUAAGCAAAACGACUUCAACUCAUACAACCGAUAUAAUAUUUUAAGUGACAUGAAUGACGACAUCAACAACAACAAUGGUGACAUUAACUACGCUGGUCGACAACAGCAGCAGCAUGGCCAUCAAAAUCAUCACAACAAUAGCAACACAACAUGCACUACAAGUAACUCAGGAUGGCUUAACUGUAACUCCCCAUACUACAAAUCAUUCAGCAUGUCCACAACUAAUAACUUUCAAAAAAUCAACGAUCGUGACAACAACUUUGGUAACAGCAUUCACACAAAUGACAUUACACAAAAAUCAUUCACAGGCUAUAAACAAAAAUAUACAAAUACGAACAGUACAUACAAUGCAUACAACAGCAACAGCAGAUUUCAAAAUAACAAGCAUAGAUAUAAUAACCCUAAUUACAAUAGGCAUCAUCAUGACACUAACCAAGGCACAUUACAUGAUGAUGUUACAUCAGAUGUUAAUGUUAUCCCUCCUUACAGCAAAAAGCAAAGACAAUUUUAA